AUGCUUAGAAGGGUGGAUAUGAGUAAACAACAAACUGAAAGACGAAUUGAUGGCCAAUACAAAAACACGAGAGCUCUCUUAGACAUUCAAUUAACUAGCAUUGGAGCAAGCACUUUGAAAUAUUAUUAUUUAUAUCACUUGAAUAAAAUUUCUUUUGGUAUUGUUAUGGCGUCUUCGAUUAUCGUGACAAGUGCUUUGAAUUCCCUACAGGAAACGAUAGAAAAAAUAGACACAACUGGUCACCUUGAAACAGUUCACAAAACUCAGUGA